AUGUGGUUGAUAUUCCGCGUCUUCUUCAGCUCCGUCUUCCUGCUCAGCAUCGUCCUCUCCAUUCCCGUCGCCUUCGAUGUCGGCGGCCGCGAUAGCGGGCUGGCCUACAGCCUAGCCCUCUUCUUCUUCUACAUCUUUUACUCCGCCCUCGAGUUCCUAACGCCUGAGAAAUCGCCCUCUCGCUUCCUCGUCUCCGCCUUCCUCCGCUCCGCACAGUGGAUCGUCAUCCCCUCACUUCUUAUCUGGGCCCUGGGGCAGUUUGCCGUCGAUGCAGGGAGCGCUAGCUGGGUGGAUCGGACUAUCGGGGGGCUGUUCCAAUCCAAAAGCACGAGUUGGUCGGAAUGGACCUUUGGCAAGGACGGCCUGGUAGAGACGGUUACACUGGGAGGUUGGGAUAAUGUGCUGAGAUACUCCGGGCCCGUAUUCCAGCUCUUGGAGGGCUUCUGCACCUUGCUGGUCAUCCAGGCUGUGGGACAGCUCACUCGGUGGCUCGUUAACCGCGGGAGAAGCGAUACUUGGGUUAUCGUUCUCCUCGUCUUCUCAAGUUCCAUCAUGGCCAGCGCCGUUUACUUCCUCUGGCGCGUCGCCCAGUUCCCCCAAAUCAGCAACCUCGAUGCGACUUUGAUCGGUAUUACGAUGACUACCGCCGUCUUCAUUUGCGCCUUCGGCAUCGGUAGCGGCCGAGGAAAUCCGGUCGAGUCGUCCCUCCUCUUCGCUUACAUCGUUCUUUGCGUCUACCAAAUAUUUACCGACUACCUCCCCUCCGAAAACUCCGAUCAGGCCGACCAGGCGAGCUCGCAACCCGAAAUUCCUCCUUUGCCACCCAUCAUCAUGGCAUCUUACUCCACCUUCCUUCACAUGCUAGGCUCCCUCCCCUCGGCCCUUCACUCCGCCCUGGGCCUCCUUUAUGCGGCCUUCCAGACCAUCACCCCUUCGGUCAUAAUCUCACUCACCUACCGUCUACUCGUGUUUUAUUGCGCCACACGAAUUAUUCCUUCGAUACGAAACUCGGGCGCUCAAGGCGUAAUGCAGGAGCCAGACUGGGAUGAGUCAGAGACUGCGAACAAGCUUCUGAGUUUCCUCAACUGGUUUUCGCCAUCGAUCUUGAUCGCCGUCUACACCAGCCUGCUCUUACAACAUUUCUCGACGAGUGACGGCCCAGAUGGUUGGACGUUGAGAGACGGUGAUGUAGGUGGGGGCACGUGGCAGUGGACCAAUGUGGGGUUGACUAUGGUCCUGUACGGAGUAGAGCUCUCCCUAAGCUCUGACGAGCAUGAUCACUGGAAAGUGGACUAA